UAUUAUUCAAGUUGCGACCAAAGAGACUGAGUGCUUGUUGACGUCACAAACUUCUCCAGCAGCUGUAGAGGGAGGCGAGCCGAGGAGGAGGAGGAGGAGGAGGAGGAGGAGAGGGAAUGAAGACUGCUGGAUGUGGAGCUCUGGCUGCGGAGCUCUGAGGACCUUGGGCUGCUUUUUUCUGUUUGUUGUUGUUCUUCCUACGGGACUGUUCGGACUUCUUCUUUUCUUCUUCUUCUUCUCCCAGUACGAUGCAGCACUAAUGAGCAACCAGCAGCCUUUAGAUGUGUGAGGCACAACAAAGAAACCUGAACAUCAUCAGUCCACAGUGACAUGUACCACCAUCUGGCCCACAGCUGAAAACUAUUAAGAUCCGCUGGAACUUCCUCUUGACUAUUCCUCCCCAGUUUGAAGGCAAGUGGAAUAUUGUCAGAUACUCAGGAGGGACCUCGGAGACGCACAUUUUUCCACUAUGAACCGCGCCUUCAACAGGAAAAAAGAUAAAUCAUGGAUGCACACCCCGGAGGCACUGGCCAAGCAUUACAUACCCUACAAUGCCAAGUUCCUUGGAAACACAGAGGUUGAAGCCCCAAAAGGCACAGAAGUUGUAAAGGAUGCUGUCCGAAAGCUAAAGUUUCAGAGACACAUCAAGAAGUCAGAGGGACAGAAGACUCCCAAAGUGGAACUGCAGAUCUCCAUUUAUGGCGUGAAGAUACUAGAUCCCAAGACAAAAGAUGUGCAGCAUAACUGUCAGUUACACAGGAUAUCCUUCUGUGCAGAUGACAAAACCGAUAAAAGGAUAUUCACUUUUAUCUGCAAAGACUCUGAAUCCAACAAACACCUCUGCUAUGUGUUUGACAGUGAAAAGUGUGCAGAAGAGAUUACUCUAACUAUCGGUCAGGCCUUCGACUUGGCCUACAAGAAGUUCCUGGAGUCUGGAGGCAAAGACGUGGAAACCAGGAAACAGAUUGGAAGCCUUCAGAAAAGAAUUCAAGAACUGGAAACAGAAAACUCUGAGCUAAAGCAGCAGCUUCAAGAUCUGGAAGAACAGCUCAUGAUAGCUCAUGUACCACCACCGCUGCACAUAAACGCAGCUAAUGAAGCGUACAUUCUGCAGAGGCCCUCCUCUCUCUUCUGGUGUCACAGCAUCAAGUCACUCUCCUGUCUGGAAAUCUCAUCUGUCACGCUCACUCCUAUGAGCUCGCCGGAGUCCAACUUGUCCGCCGGGCUACUAACUCCUCCACCUGCCAAACCUGCUCUACUUCCUCCUAAACCUACUGAGGGAUGCAGCAUCCCCCGGCCUCGCGCAGGGAGCAUCUCCAUGAAACCGCAGUCCACGGACGUUUUUGACAUGGUUCCCUUCUCUCCUGUGACACCGUUGGUGCCCACACCGGCCAGCAACGGCUGCCCACCACCACCACCGACCACAUUACCACCAGACAUAAGGAAAGAUCUGUUUGGUGCUGAGCCAUUUGAUCCGUUCACCUGCGGGGCAGCUGACUUCCCUCCAGAUAUUCAGUCAAAGCUGGAUGAGAUGCAGGAGGGGUUCAAAAUGGGACUAACCUUAGAGGGCACCGUCUUCUCCCUGGACCCGUUAGACAGCCGCUGCUGAUGCCAAGAAGAUGCUCUUUGUCACGUACUUUGAACUCGUUUGUAUGAAGUGCCAAAAUCCACUCCACAGUUGAGUCAAGAUGUCACAGUUUUCAUCUUGAGGUUUAUAUGCAUUUGCAUUUAGAUUGGUUUUUUCGAUAUUUCAAGGUAAACUCAGAUCCAUUAUAGAAAAGAACUAUUUUUGUAAAAGAGAAAAAAAAGAGAAACUUAUGGAAGGAGUAGUUUUGAGUACCUUUGCUUGCACAGGCAGUGAGAGAUGUAAAUAGUCAAAUAUGUCCAAUGGUACACAGAAUUUUCAUAUGAGACAGUUUGUGUGUAUGCACCAUUUGAAUUCUGUAUUGUUAACACAUUCCUGUUUGUAUGCCAAACACAAGCCGGCGAAGUAAAUAAAUGGAAUCUGUAUCAUUAACACAGCUCGCCCAUAGCUUCAUGUAGCUUAUUUUACUCAACAUUAAUUCACACGUUAAUUAAUCCAUGUUUUACUUUGGCUUACUGACCUUUCCACUGUUUGUUUUUGACAUUGAGUUGUUUAUUUUGCGCUUCUGUUUUUUUACGUUUCACAUAUUUGAGUCGCCAUUUCAGUAUUUACUUGUCAUAUUUUUACUUUGUCAUGAUUUUAGUCUGCUUUUCUUGCACCAGAGGGCACUUUUUUUGGACAGCCUCUGUCCA